AUGGUUGAGCUUAGUGAAGAGGAAGCUAUUAAUUAUUUAAAUAUAGCAUUAGCAGAAGCUGAAAAAAGUCUACAAAAAGAAUUAAAGGAAAUGCCUAUAUUUUGUCUAUUAAUAAAUGAAGAAAAGAAAAUUAUAUCAUCCUCUUAUAAUUACACGAACGAAUCGAAAAACGGUUCAAGGCACAGUGAAUUGAUUGCAAUUGAUAAAUAUAUUUAUAAUGAAAAUUAUGAACAAAUGAAAAAUUUAAAUUUAAUAAAAUGUUAUAAUAAUAAUGAAAAUUCAAUUGAAAAGUCUAUACGCGAUUAUUUUGUUUCUUUGGAUGAAAUAAACAAUAGCGAAUUGAUAACUAAUAAUUAUGAAAAUAUAAAUGAUAAAUAUAUAAAUAAUAAAGAACUAUAUUCAAAUGUGAACGAAAAAUAUAGUAAAAUACAAGAAAGGAUAAAUAAUUUAAAGAAAUGUUGUAUUGUUGUAACUUGCGAACCUUGUAUUAUGUGUGUAUAUGCAUUAAAAUUAGUAGGCAUAAAAAAUAUUUACUUUUGUUGUUUAAACGAGAGGUUUGGUGGUUGUGGCUCUGUGCUCUCAUUGCAUAAGAAAUAUGAAGACAUUAAUGUCAUUUAUAUAGAACAUCCUGAAUGUUCAGAAAAAAGUAUUAACCUUAUGAAAGCUUUUUAUAAAGCUGGAAACCCAUCAGCACCGGAAGAAAAAAGAAAGAGAGCUAUAUCGUAA